CGGACUCUAUAAAAGGGCUGAAGCGGCGGCGGUGGCUAUUGUUCGUGGAUCGAGCGGCGGAGAGCGGUCAGUGGGGGCUCGGAGGGAGAGACACAGACAGACAGACGAUUUACUGAAAUGGAAGAAAAGCCUGACUUCAGGGAGGUUGCCUCCUUUGAUAAGAGCAAGUUGAAGAAGACAGACACAGAAGUGAAGAACACUCUCCCUACAAAAGAAACUAUUGAUCAGGAGAAGAAGGCAGAGAGCAACUAGAUUGUGGCCAUACCUGCCGAGAGUCAACUCUGUCCAUGGCUGCAAGAAUCUCUAGGGUGCUUUUUUUCUCCUUGCUUUUUUUGAGAAAAGAAAUCACUGAUCUAUACUGUGAACUGAACUACUGACAGAGGUGAAGCACUACAAAGUGAAGGAUCUGGGGCUUCUCAUCCCCUGUUUAGUCAUUUCUGCUGUGGUCCUCAUGCAUUCCUCGGUGCUGUAAAGGAAAUGAAUAAUAAAAAUUCAAUUUGUGCUGAA